AUGUUGGAGGAAGAGUACGCUGAGAUCCUGCAGAAGUUCAACGAUCGGCAGGUUGAGAUUGAAAAGAAGAGGCAGAAAAUAAAGCGUUGGCUAGCUUAUCGACACAAGAAGCUUCCCAACUUAUCAAAAUCCAAGGAUUCGCUCCCUGAUACCGAUGAUCCCGCCGUCAUCAUGCUGGCUAGACUGACAGGCAGCAGCCUUUCAAAACCUCGGGUUCCGAUCGCCUACAACAUGUGGGGCCGUUUCAACAAACAGAAAAUCAAUGACGCCUAUACCAAUGCACAUAUCUACAAGCCGCUGCCGAAGAAUCUGCAAGCUGCAGAGCGCACACGAAUCACAAAGAAUCUAUUCGACGCAUUACCCUUGCCUGAGCGCAAGAAGUACAUCGAGAUGGCCAAGAAAGAAGGUGACGAGAAGUUGAAGGUGUGGAAGGAGAAGCUGUCUAGUGCUCCAUCGACAGACCCAGAGGAUCGACAGAGGUGCAUUGCGGCCCUUCCAAUUUUUAUGCAACCAAUUUUGGACCUCGUUCACGGACACACCAACAUGCAGGCCACCUUUAUGGUGGGUGGACCAGAGCCUGCAGAUGGAGGUCGUUUGAACAUUAUCAGCAUGCACGCCGGCUCUGUCAAAGGGCCAGUGCAGAUGAACUUCGGUCAGGCAGAGAGGGAGGGAUUCCAAGGGGUCGUCACUCCCCUCUUUGGCCGCUAUCUUAGAAAGUGCUACACUAAAUCGGAAUGCCGCGCUCAAGCCCUUCCAUCAUCCGACCCCAACUCUCUUCUCAAUCUGCUCAACGGCAAUCAAAUCACAGUACACAGGGCUGAUUGGGACAUGGACGACCCAUUGGCUUUGGGCCUCGCUUCCAACGUAUCGGCCCUGAAGACUCCCAGCUUACCGCCCUCUCGCGAGCAUACGCCUGCCCUUGACUCACCGGCCCAGGACGAAUCCCCUCCUUCUACCCCACCACCUGCAGUCAGCCUCCUUGAACGUUCUGUGCCUGUCCCCUCUUCCCCUUUCCCCUCUGAGCGCGCAGCGUCCCCUCCUCCGUCUCCAAUUUCCUCACCCCCUCUGCCAGUCGCCUCUGAAACGGCCGUUGUUGUAGAAGACAACGCUAUUGCUGGUAAAAAGAGGAAAAAGGGCGCUUCUGUUGGUGCGGCAGCGGCAGGUGAUCACGAAAGGUCGGCUUCUGUGAAAAAGAGGAGGGGGGCAUUGUUGGACCAGACAACAACCGUCAAAGGGGGGAAGAAAUCGAAGUCGGGCGUCAAGGCUGGGGCUCGAGGUAGUAACCCAGUCCCAGUGGGGAAGGAGCUGACUGUGGGACUGAGCUCAACGCCAAGUGACCCCUCUAUCCGACCUUCUGCAAUCAACGUGGAGUCGUCAACCUCUCUUUUGCCCACCCACACCACCUCCUCCCCUGCUUGGUUCGGCCCAUGUUCAACAAUGCUCCGUUCGAAGGAUCUGGGCCCUGAGUGGCUCAAAAUGGUUGGUCUUUGGGAGGCCUUUGAGCGACGGCACGACUUCAAGCCCACGAACAAGCAGCCGAACCUCUCCAGCUCCAAACGUCCUCCCUGCAUAGGGGAAUGGUUGAAGAAUGCACGUCGGUCAUCAUGGCGUCCCUUGGUGGAGAACGCGGUCAAAUUCGAUAAAGAUUUCGACGCAGACUUUGGCGCAUGGUGGGGUGGUCUUCUGCGAGCUCAGUCGGUAACGUCAGUCAGGGAUUGGUCGCCCAUUGCGAAGCCUGGCGUGAACGGGCUUCUGAGUGUGGUUGCUGCCCUUUUCUUUUGGGGUGACUCCUGUGGUCCAACGUCGGCUUGGAGGAAACACAUGGGGGAAGUCGUGGAGGCAUUUAAGGCCUUAGUCAGCGAGUAA